UACCUGGACGCCAGGUGUUACUUCCGUGUUACCAUGUCUUGGAAAAAAAACACUACCGUACCGCAUUUUCGGUUGAUUUCUCUUCAUUUUGACAACUAAUCUUAAAAGUUAUAUCCUUGCUGAUUUGUGACGAGUUUUGGCGAUCCAUUGCCACCAGGUAGAAGCGAUCAUAUUCGAUAGGUAGGUGAUAAGACUGAUAGUGCGUUCUGCUUCUACUAGACUGUAUGCAGUUGUGUAUCAUCACCACCAUGGGCUGCGGUACCAGUCAGUCAUUACAUCACAGCCAAAACAAGUCCAAGAAACGGCUACAACAGAGCACGAGAGCCACGGGAACAGACUCCCGGCGAGAGGCCCAACUCCUCGCCGCCCAUCCCGAAGUGAAAGAAGCCAUGACAGAGGCAACGAAAGCUGUCGAGUACAUGCGAGCACACAAAAACGACGAGGGACAAAUCGAAGAUAUCGUUGAUUUGUUAGAUAAAUCUAUCUGGUCUCACUACCUUGAACUAGAGACCAGGACGCAACGGAUGCUUCUCGGAAAUCACCUAGCCAAAAUAGGAGGGGCAACGGUCUUCACUGAGUACAUCCGCUUCUUGAAAGGGUUGGGAUACUUUUCGAAAAAGCUAUGGAGAAACGAUGUGGUUUGGAUUUGUACGGAUUUUGUGAGACAGUCGGUGGUCAACUGCACUGACAGUAGUCCGAAGUUCGGGUACGAAGUGGUCAAGGCUGGACUGGCCGAAGUUGUACUUGACGACUUGGAUACUUUCGGAAAAAAGGACGACAACUACUCCAAAGUGUUGGUCUCCUCUGCGGUUCACAUCAUCUACAACUGCUCUCGGGUGGUGGAAAACUACGAGUUGCUCAACGACCUGAACGCCGUGCCACGACUCUUACCGUUUCUCGAACAUGAAGACCCGCAGAUACAGACUAUUAUCGCUCUUACACUGGCUUACAUUACCGAUAAGGAGAACAAACAGCUUGUCAUGUCCGAGGAAACUCAGAGAAAAGUCGUCUCCUACAUUCUGAGACGUUUUAGAGAAGCUGUCAACGUGCCAAACUGGAGAAGUGACGGGUUCUCCGCCUUAGAACUGGCCUCGGGCAUAGCGCAGCUGGCGACAAACGACACAGAAGAAGAUGCCAACAAGCUCGUGCUAGUUCAGGAAGGUGUCGUGCCUCUUCUUGUCAAGUUGAUGCAAACCAGCGACGAAGAGGAGCAGCUACAAGCCGUGGGGGCGAUCUGGCAGCUCUCGUUCCACGAAGACAACAGGAAGAAGAUUCUGGAAGAACCUGGGUUGGUAGAAAAGCUGAAGAACUUGAAGGAUUCUCCAUAUGAAGAGAUUUCGGACUCGGCAGCCGGAGCACUUUUUGUGCUGACCGGGAAAGGAAAGGACCAGCCCGAACAGGACAUAGAGGAAGAUGGCGACACACGCCGCAGACAGCGACACGUGAUGAUCAGUUACAACUGGGAUCACAAGAAAAUAGCAGUAAAAAUCUCCAAGCAGCUGAGAAGUGCAGGGUACCGAGUGUGGAUAGACGAGACCCACAUGAGAGGGUCCAUCCUGGAGGCCAUGGGAGAGGCAGUCAGUAACGCAGCGGUGGUUCUGGUCUGUGUCUCCCGACAGUACUUCCUCAGCAAGAGUUGCCGAGCAGAGGGGAACGCUUGCCACGUGACCAACACGCCUGUCAUCCCCAUCAAAGUGGAGAAGACGUACAGCCCAGACGGCUGGCUGGCUGUGCUGGUCGGAGCGGGGCUGUACUUCGACUUCAGCGAUCCAAAAGGCGUCAAGGCUGCUAUGAAGGGUCUCAUGAAAGAAAUAGGUUCCCGAGGUAAAGCCGAUGGACAUCAUGAUGAUGAUGAUGAUGAUGAAGAAGGCGAUGAAGCUUCUGAACCUGAUCUGCGGAACUGGACAAAAGCCGAUGUUGACAAAUGGAUGACUGAAUUUGACCUUGAAAAGGACAUCCGCGGGGUAGCUGACAUAACCGGUGCACAGCUGGCGUUUCUGCGCUCACUGAAGGAACAGGCUCCAGAGUUCUUCUACCAGUACCUGCUGAACCACAUGGGAAUAACCGGCCUGGAACAACUGACAAAAUUCACACACGCUUUGGACAACGCACACUGACUAUGUACAGUGUACAUCGCCGAGAAAAUUGUAGCAAUGGAACUACACACGCAGCCACAAAUCUUCAUUGUGCCAAAAUAUAGGCAUCAAGGCACCUCUAGGCAAAGACUGUCUUUUGCAGUAGCGUGUGUCUUUUCGGGGAGGGCACUGAUUCGUGAUUUUCAGUACGGGCUAAGGUUUUCCAUGCUUGGAAAGGGAUGUGGUAAACUUCCCGGCAGAGAGAACCUCAGCCCAUACUGAAAUUCGCGAAGCAACGCUCCCUAAAAAAACGCUGCUGCUACCAAAGUCUGUGAUAGAGGCUAGCCUUAGUCCAACACCAAGCUUCUGCUAUAUCUUCUAGCAUUCAAAUAGCAAUUAUGCUGUGGAAUUCACUUCCAUAGGAACUCUCGGGCUUGGAACCUUAAAUACAUUAACACUCAAACACUCAGCAUAUUUAUCUUAUCCUCUUAUUGUAUCAAUAUCUGAUGUAAUGCGCAAAUGAUAAUGCGGAUGGCAAUAUUAGAGUGACUUAGAGGUGAAACGGAUAAACGAUGUGGCGUUGUAACUGUUGUUGAUUUGUUGACCUAGAUCUAUUUGACAUUUUGAAUCAUUGAUUCCCUGUAAACAAUUGUUGGAUUCUUUGUUGUAUGAGCCUCCCAUCAUCGCUAAACGAUUGUAACACCAAGCUUGUGUGAAAGCUUUUUUCUACUUUGGCAAUUAUGUCUUAUUCUGGAAACACUUCCUAUUACAUCUUGAACGUAUAGGAAAUAUUAUCACAUUUUGUAACCCCAUGUGUGCUUCGUAAUGGCCGACCCUGUAAGCCUGUCACAUAUUCGUAUGUGCACGUCGUUUGACAGACUGCGGAGUGUUUGUAAAAACUGGGAACUUUGACAGCAAAAGUGGAAAACUACAGAUAUAUCUCAAGAUAUGUUUAUUGCCUGUUGUUGUAUCUUAUACUAUCUUUUCGUCACUUUCUGCUCUAAUAAAUCUAUUU